CAUCGCCAUCCUCAGCUCAUCGCCUCCUCAAACCACCAUAACAGCAGCAUAUUCCUCGUCGCGAUUCUUCCAAUUCUAUAACCAUCUCGACACCCACACACCACCAUCGCCAUGGCUUCCAAACCCAACCCCCAAGCCAUUCAAACGCGCAUCACCCAUCUCCUCAAGCAUUGGCCCACCGACAAAGUCCGCCCGUCUUCCGUCUCCGUCCAGAAUUACCUCCAGGCAUGUCUAGGACAGCCCACCGCUGAAGCACAACAGAAGAAGCAGCCCGAGCAAGUACAACAAAAAGUCACCAUCAAUCAGGCGUCAUUGAAUGCCCUGUCCUCGUUGCUGGAGGAUCGGUACGCGAGACGAUAUCCGUUGUCGCCGCGCUUGCGCCGCCCGGCGAGUAACCCGGAUCACUAUGAUAAUGUUAUUCGGGAGUUCGAUGAGGCGCCGUCGCGGGAUUGGAUGGGUCGGUUGAAGAAGAGGUUGUCGGGACUGUUGCGGAUGAAAUAGGCUGGUUUGGAGGUGAAGGUGGCUGCUAUACUACUAUUGUAUCACUAUUGAAGAGGAAGGUGGGUACUGGGAGAGGUUACAAAAAACAUCUCUGUACUUUUACGACAUUGUACAUAUAUAAUACUGCAGGCGAAAUUGGUAUUUGUUCAAUUAUGUGUUCUCAGAUGGGGCCUCAAGGCAUAUAUCUGUUUGUUUGGGGAUAUCAUUUGUCCAAUGACACGCUCGGAAUAUACAAAGAGUUGGGAUCAUAUAGUUUAAUAUCAACAAAAGAAACAAGGCAAGUCACUGC